AUGCGCUUUCAAUCUUCUCUUCUCUUCUUCGGUGGUGCCGCUGCGGCAUCGAUCCAACAACUUGGAUCACGCCACAAUUCCGGUUCUGAUCAGGCUUCUGGUGUCGUCUGCCCUGUCCUCUUCGAGGGCCGCAUUCCAGUCGACGCAACGCUCCAAUGGUUCGACACCAACUCGUCCGUGUAUGAUCCUAAUUGGACAAAAGGCCAGAACAUUAGCUGGUCGUCCAUUCUUCUCUUUCCAAACACUACCUUAGCGCCAUUCGACGAACCCAAUCGCCACAAGCCUUUCGAAGUGACUAUCGAUGACCGUUCCAUCUUCAAAGGACGCAGGUCUUCACCGGAGACUUAUAUUCGUCGCGCGGGCCUCAUAAUGCCAGGCGAUAAGAAUGAUGACCGGGCUGAUGCGGCUGACAAUGGUACCGUCACUUACCACUGGAGUGUUCACCAGAACAUGGAGAAACCACUCAACUUCUCUCACGAGUACAUGAAUGUGUGGCAUGAGAGGGCUGACUUCACUGGCAAUCAAUUCACGUUUGUUGGAGGUUUGGUGUUACCGUUCAAUGGAGGAAACGACAUUGAUACCAAAGAAGAGAGAGAAAAGUGGAGGAUCCAAAACAGCGACAAGAAAUUCAUCUUCGAAACCCCGAUCUUGUUCGAUCAGUGGCAGAACUUUGCUGUGCAGGUAGACCACACGAAAGGUACUCUCAAGGUAUUUUAUUCAGCCGGCGCAGCACCUCUACAGCCCGUGACUGAGGCCACUCCAAACAAUAACACAGGCCUGGGGCAACUCCAAGUUGGAAUCCUGAAGAAGCCAACAGACACGACGAACAUUGACCUCAACGGGUAUCAGGGGCCUAUUCCAUUCCAGGGCGAAGGUCAGAUCUACGGAGGUGUUUUUGUGGAAACAAGCACAGAUGGAUGUGUUAGCACGUAUAGCUAUAGCGAUUAG